AUGUAAGAAUUGUGGGAUAUUAUUUACCAAAGCUUUCAAGACAUAGACUCAAUGAAUGUAUAAGGUUAUUUUCAUCAUAUAUAAUUUAGGGUGGAUUGUAAGUAAUAAUUAUGAUGAAAAUUUAUUUUCCACCUGCAAUGGUUAUACAUUGUUUGGUGGGUUUAAUGUAUUUGCAAGAAAUACAAUAAUGUCUAAGUAAUUUCCCUUACCUCCUCAUUAUGGACUUAGAGUAACUUUAGAAUUUUUGAAGUAUUUAUGAUAUUAAAAGUAGCAUUGAUAGUUGGAAUGUAGAGAUUUUCUAUUUAAUUGUAGAUGAUAAAGUGUUUUCAAAACAUUAUCUUUGGUUCGAAGGAAGUUAAAUGUGUGGAAUAGGAAAUGAUUGGAAUGAGCUAAAAGAAUAAAUUACUUUUAUUUUGGAUCAUAAUUCAGAGUCACUAAUAUUUGUAAUUACUUCAAAUCUCGAUUAAGAUCCAGUUGAUGUACAGUUUAAUUAAUAUUAAAGGAAAGUUGGGGAAUCAGAAAUUUUGUUUUGUCAAUAUUAAGAUGUCCUUAGAAUUGUUUAUAUUGUUUAGAUAAUGAUUAUAGUAAUUGCUAUUUUUGGAUUGGUCUUUUACAAUAAUGGCAUCAAUCGAUAAAUCUUGAUGGAUGGAUGAAAAAUGAUAAUAUCUAACCUGCAAUUUAAAAAUGUGUGAGUUUUGAUCUUGUUUAAUUAGCACCAAAUGAUAGACUAGAAAAAACUAUAGAAAAUUUGACUCCACAUUAUAAAAUGUAAAUAAAUGUCUAAGCUUGGUAAAUAGAUUCUUGGAAUAAUGAGACAUUUUCUUUAGGAAUAGAUGAUAAACUUUAUAAUUAAACUCUUUUUGAAACUUCAGGUAUUUAUUCGCUUUGCGGUAAUAAUGGAUUAGAAUUGAUAUUUAAUAUUGGAAUUUCUUUAUUUCAUUCAUAAUCCUAAUGUUAAAUUUCUAUGAGUACUAAUCAUAAUACUAAAACUACAAAUGCAUCCUUGGGAAUAAGAGCCAUUAAUAUAUACCUUGCAAAAUGUUUUACUGGUUGUGCUCAAUGUAUAGGGCCAUAAAAAACAGAUUGUACUGUUUGUUAAAGUGGAUGGGUUUUUUACAAUAAUUUAUGCUCUCAUCUUAAUCAUUAAUCCUUAUAAAAUAGCCCCUCCUAUGCUUUUUUCUACAAUAUCAAUUAAUUAAAUUCAAGAUUCACUGAAAUAAGAAAGGAUUCCGAUGGAAAUCCAUUUAUUAGAAGUUGAUUAAUAAAUAUCCACAUAUGGAAAAUAACCUAUUUUAGUUAGGAACAAUUAAAUAAUCUUGACUAUUCAAGUUUAUGUAAAAUGUUUUCCAAAUAAAAUAAUUAAAGGUUUAUUUUAAAUCAAUAAACCAUAAAAUUUGUACUAAUAUUAAUNUUUUUGGAUUGUGUUUAGUUGGUCUGGCUUUAAGCCUAAAAAGCCUUCAAAAUGUUGUGGAGUAUGGAUAAAAAGUUCUGUUAAUUAUAAUUUAUGUUUUUAUUAUUAUAUGAUAUCAAAUACAUUGUUUGGUGGGUUUAAUGUAUUUGCAAGAAAUACAAUAAUGUCUAAGUAAUUUCCCUUACCUCCUCAUUAUGGACUUAGAGUAACUUUAGAAUUUUUGAAGUAUUUAUGAUAUUAAAAGUAGCAUUGAUAGUUGGAAUGUAGAGAUUUUCUAUUUAAUUGUAGAUGAUAAAGUGUUUUCAAAACAUUAUCUUUUGUUCGAAGGAAGUUAAAUGUGUGGAAAUGGAAUUGAGUGGUAUGAGCUAAAAGAAUAAAUUACUUUUAUUGUGAAUCAUAAUUCAGAGUCACUAAUAUUUGUAAUGACUUCAAAUCUGGAUCAAGAUCCUGACGAAAUUAAGUUUAAUUAAUAUUAAAGGAAAGUUGGGGAAUCAAAAAUUUUGCUUUGUCAAUAUCAUUCAUAAGCCUAAUGUUAAACUUCUAUGAAUACUAAACAUAAUCCUAAAACUACAAAUGCAUAAUUGGGAAUAAGAGCCUUUAAUUUAUGCCUUGCAAAAUGUUUUACUGGUUGUGCUCUAUGUAUAGGGCCAUAAAAAACAGAUUGUACUGUUUGUUAAAUUGAAUGGGUAUUUUACAAUAAUUUAUGCGCUCAUCGUACUCUUUAAACCUUAUAAAAUAGCCCUUCCUAUGCUUUUUUCUUCAAUAUCAAUUAAUAAAAUUAAAGAUUUAUUGAAAUAAGAAAGGAUUCCGAGGAAAAUACAUUUAAGAAGUUGAUUUAUAAAUAUCCACAUAUGGAAAUUAAACUACUUUAGUUAGGAACAAUUAAAUAAUCUAGACUAUUUAUGUUUAUGUUUAUGUAAAAUGUUUCCAAAUAAAAUAAUUAAAAGUUUUUUUAAAUCAAUAAACCAUAAAAUUUGUACUAAUACUAAUAUUAAAAAAUUGUUAAUAAUUUUUCGAUUUUAUAAUUUUUAAGGUUAAAUAUGAAUUAAAGAUAAUUUCAGAAUAAAAUUUGA